CGCGGACAUACGAAUACCCGGAUACUGAGGAAAUGGCGAAGGUCGUAGAGAAAAAGAAGAAGGAAAGUAUAUUAGAUCUUCAGAAGUAUCUAGACAAACCUGUACGAGUGAAGUUCCAAGGAGGACGAGAAGCAUCUGGAAUUUUAAAAGGAUUUGAUCAGCUGUUGAACCUUGUGCUGGAUGGAACAACAGAAAGUCAACGAGAUUCAGAUGAUCCAUCGAAGCUUUCUGAUGAAACAAGGUCAUUAGGUCUUGUUGUGUGUCGUGGUCCAGCAGUUGUAGUGGUAUGCCCUGCAGACUCAAUGGAGCCGAUAGCCAACCCAUUUUUGCAGCAAGAAUAAUAAUCACGGCAAGGAUGCUUGCAGCAAAUUUGUAUGUAAACUCUACUAGAGUAGUUGUGGUCACUGUGUAAGAAUGGAAAACCAAUGUGCAGAAUGCUGUUUUACAUGCAUUGGAAUUUGGUGAACGUUGACACUGCAGCACUGAUGCUUAAUAAUGUCUUAUAAAUUUAGAAAGAAAUAUCCAUUAUUGUUUGUUUAUAGGAUAUUAAGCACUGGUCGGUUCAU